UGUUAUUGAGCCGAUUGUCUGUUGUGUGUACACCCCCUCGCGCACGCAACGCGCACUCAGGAGUCCCCAGUGAUAAGGGAAACAAGCCCAGCAAUCUGUUCCUUUUCCCCUUUGUGUUGAAUAGUUCAUGCGUAGAAAACCAGUUUCCCUGCAUCACUGUUAUGAAGGAUACCCCGUCAGUCCUGCACGAAGUUUAGUAUGCACUCGUAACGUUACUGUGUCUGUUGGCUCUAGCUCCUUAUCAGCAUCGAUGGCGGCUUGCCCGUGGCAUUCUAGUUCACGACUGUGUUUUACUGAAUGACUUCAAGUUGAUAAUGGUCCACUUGCCAUAUACAGCAUGGGUAUACGUGUCGAGACGUACCAAGUUUGAACCGCUUGCCUUCGUUGUGGAACUGAUGUGCAUUGACAAGGCACAAUGAGCAGGGUCUCGUGAGGCAACUUACUACUUUCACGCGGUGCUUAACCUUGCUGUGAAAUCACGUGAAACAACUUCGGAAAUCAGAGGCACCACUUCCGGGGGGAGUUUCGGCUGGCAGAUACAGCCCACGGCUGCGGAGUCCCGGCCAGGCUGCGUACUGCACAAGGAAACGGUACAGUGGGUUGUGAGGACGUCAAGUGCGUGUCCUCACCAUUGCAGCUCCGUCUUACUAUUAGGACCAACUCUUCAUUCCCCUUAAUCCCUCCUCCGCUGACGGGCAGGAACAGGGACGAUUCCUGAACUGCUGAUUUGCGGCACUUCGUCAUGAUGACGUCAUUUCGGUAUAGGAUUAUCGACUGGGCCGUGAUAUGCGCCGCGCUUCUGACGGCCUCGAGGGGAAUAGACGUCAGCGUCCCCACUUCGCGGCGCGCUCCCGUCAACGGUGAUGUGCAAUUGGUGGGUGGUUCCUCACCGGCAGAGGGCCGGGUGGAAGUCUUUUACAACGGGGCGUGGGGCACGGUAUGCGACGAUGGCUGGGAGAUGUCCGACGCCCAAAUCGUCUGCAAGCAGCUGGGCUUCGCCUCCGCCAAUGCGACCAGAUGCUGUGCUUACUUUGGUCAGGGUACAGGGGCAAUCAUCCUUGACGAUUUGGCCUGUACUGGUGACGAGACGAGGAUAGGUGACUGUCCGCACCGAGGUUGGGAGCAACACAACUGUGCCCACACUGAGGAUGCCGGGGUGAUAUGCAACGGGAAGGUCCGGCUGGCUGGCAGCUCCAACCCGCUCCAGGGCCGGCUGGAGAUUUUCCACGAGGGCCAGUGGGGCACGGUUUGCGACACUGACUGGGACUUGAAGGACGCCAAGGUAGUGUGUCGGCAGCUGGGGUACCCCUCAGCCAACGCGUCCAGCGCAGCCGCCAACGGGGUGGCCACCGGCCAGAUUCUGCUGGACUCCGUGUCCUGCAUGGGCGACGAGCAGGGGGUAGAGUACUGCGACCACGGCGAGUGGAAGAACGUCAGCGCAAACUGCACCCAUAGCAGGGAUGCCGGAGUGACCUGCACAAGGCCCAUACGUCUGGUAGGCGGCCAUGGGCCCAUGGAAGGCCGCGUGGAGAUCUUCCACAACGGUACUUGGGGCAGCAUCUGCGAUAGUAGCUGGAGUUUCCAGGACGCCGUGGUGGUGUGCAAGCAGCUGGGCGGCUACGCAGCACAGGAGGCCACGCGUGGCGCCCAGUACGGCGGUGGGCUGGGCCCCAUCCACAUGUCCAAUGUCAAAUGCGCCGGCACCGAGGGCACGCUGGAGCAGUGCCCGAACAGCGGCUGGGGCGUAGUCGGCGAAUGCACACAUUCCAAUGAUGCUGGAGUCAUUUGCACACCUGCCGUGAGGUUGGUCGAUGGCAAUAGCUACAUCGAAGGCCGUGUGGAGGUUUUCAACAAUGGUCAGUGGGGGAGCAUCUGCCCGGAAUCCUGGGACGCCAAGGACGCGGCGGUGGCCUGCCGCCAGCUGGGGAACUACCCGCUGUCGGAAGACGAUUGCUGUCAGCCGCAAGGAGUUGGACAGGGUGGCGCCGGGGUGGUUCUGGACGGUGUGGACUGCGUGGGCAAUGAGACCAGGCUGCAGGACUGCCUGCACAAACCUUGGGGUAACGUGGAAUGCGCAGGUGGGCAGGCGGCUGGUGCCAAGUGCCAGGCUACGGUGAAACUUGUCGGCGGCUCCAACGCCAUGGAGGGCAACGUCAUGGUGCUGCACGAGGGCCGAUGGGGCAGCAUCUGCGACGACAACUGGGACAUCAACGACGCCAAGGUGGUGUGCCGGCAGCUGGGCAACUUCGAGGCCGUAGCGGCCACGUGCUGCGCCAAGUACGGCCAGUUGGCCGAGGAGAUCAUCCUGGACGACGUGGCGUGCCAGGGCGAGGAAGGCCGGAUCGAAGACUGCUACCACGCGACCUGGGGUGCGCAUAACUGUGGGGCCUCGGAGUCAGCUGGCGUGGUCUGUCGAGAUAUCCGGCUGGCAUUGGACGACUCGUCCUCCAACCUGCCCAAGGGCCGGGUGGAGAUCGUGCACAACGGCGUCUGGGGUCGGAUCUGCGGCACGGAUUGGGACCUGCGGGACGCCAACGUGCUGUGCCGGCAGCUGUACAACAGCACAGCCGAGGCCAUUCACUCCUUCAAGAACGGCUCGGGCCCGAUCCUGCUGUCCAGCUUCCAGUGCCAGGGGAACGAGACCAACAUCCUGAACUGCCCUCACCAGUCCUGGGGGGAAUACAGUUGCGAGGACGCCGACGCGGCAGUCGUUUGCAGAGGCGGUUUGAGACUUGCCGGGGGGCGGACCCCCCUGGAGGGGCGGGUAGAGGUAUUCCACGAUGGACAGUGGGGCACAGUGUGUGACGACGGCUGGGAUUUACUGGACGCUAAAGUCGUUUGCACUCAGCUGGGAAACUAUGAGGCUCUGUCAGCCAAGUGCUGCGCCAAUUUUGGUCAAGGCUCCGGUCCCAUUUUGAUCGAUGGGCUAGCGUGCGCCGGGGACGAGGAGCUGGUAGAAGAGUGCCGGCACGAGGGCUGGGGCAGCCACAACUGCCAGCAUUACGAGGACGCCGGAGUUGUCUGCACAGAUUUGAGAUUGACACACCAAAACGGAAGCGUGUCUACCAACCUGUUGACGGGCCGUGUUGAGGUCCUGAGCUAUGGGGAGUGGGGAGCUGUCUGUGGAAAGUACUGGGACAAGAAGGACGCGGAAGUGGUCUGCCAACAGCUGUUCAACACAAGCGCAAUGGACACCAGGAAGUUUUAUGUGACCAGCCCCAACCAGAAGAUCAACAUGGGGGAGGUCCAGUGCAACGGGUCUGAGAGCCUUUUGCACCAGUGCCCGAGCGCCUCCAAGACCUUCACGGCGCAGUCGUGCCCCGGGGGAGAGACGGCGGGUGUGCUGUGCAAAGAUAUUCGCCUGGUUGGCGGCAACAAACGUUCCUUCGGAGCCGUGGAGUUACUCGUCGACAGUCAGUGGGGUUCGAUAUGCGCUGACAACUGGGGCCCGAAUGAGGGCACCGUCGCCUGCAAGCAACUCGGAUACUGUGGCGUGAAAGGAACCCAGAAGGGGCUGCAGCCUGCCCGCACCCAAGGCAGUAUGCACUUCUCCAGCAUGAACUGCACAGGGACGGAGAGCCGACUACGAGACUGCCAGUACACCCACGGCGGCUACACCUGCAAUGGGCUGGUCUUUGAGGCCGUGGUGGAGUGCAAGGCUGCCUGUGAAUGGCCUGGACCAAUACGACACGGUAGCUUCAACCACAAUUCCUCCCGCUACGAGCCGUUGACGACCAUUGAGGUCAAGUGCGACGAGGGCUUCGAGCUGAUUGGUUCCAAGACGCUCCAGUGCGUCACCGGUUGCGUCUGGUCUAGGCCCACCCCAGAGUGCCAAAGAAUUUCAAACUGCUCAAAUGGUGCAUCGGGAAAGCCAUCUGUCGGCGCUCAAGCUGGCCCUGCUGGUGGAGUGAUGCUGGUCAUAGGCAUUAUAUUAGGAGCCGUAGUCAUGUUGCUGAUUGCCUGCGUCGCUUUGUACUUAAAGGGAAGAAAUAAGAACAUCGGCCGCGGCAACCCGGCCACCACCUCUGCCAUCUGGAAGCCGAACCGGGAAUUUGACGAGAUGAAAGAGCCUGUCCUGAGCUUCAGCUCCAUGAAGACUGACGGGGCAGGACCUGAGGAAGGCGUGGGCAUCUGAUCGGGCGAUAGGCGGCGCUUCUUUUUUAUGUAUAUUUAGCAAUCCAGGACAGGGAAGUGUUAACCAAACUAUGAAAGAUAUCUUCUAACCUGCAUUAAGACUUAGGUUAACUUUAAUCUUAAACCUCUACGGUUAAGAAUUUUUUUUAAAUUUCGCCAGGCGUCCGGCAUCUUCGCAAGGAGAUAAUAUUAGGCGUUCUGUCAUAAUAGGCGGGUCCCCACUACGUCGAAACUAGUCCUUGGGACUGUAUGAGCGAAUGAGGAACUAGACGAAGACGGCUGCAGCCUUGGGGAAGCGCGUAUUGCUAUGCAGAUUCAUUGCCACAUUAAACUUGUUUUAAUGCCUCUGUUGACAAUCGACGGAUGGGAUUAGUUCAGUUUCAAACCUUCUGUAAUGGAUACCUACAGAGAUAAUUUUAGACAAGGAUGACUAUCAUCC